CUUUUUUUUUUUUCCCUUUUUUUUUUUUUUUUUUUGGCGUCUCUUCCCCCUUUCCCCCUGGAGUUACAAACUAUUCCCGAAGCCAGCUGCUGCUCCCGCUCUCGGAAUUUUCCCCCGUGGCAGAACAACCAUCACCGCAGAGACCCGUCGCUGCGGCUGCUUCUCUCGCACAACCCCCUACGCUUAUUUUUCUAUAAAUCUAUAUUAUUCUAUUUUUUUCCCCCAUCUCCACGCGUGCCGACCCCCCCUCCCCGUGUCCCUGCGCGCUGUCGUUGCCGCCGCUCCGCGUGUGCGUGCCCACCCGUGACACGGCGGCUCGGUCGAGCUGCGGCUCCAACUUUCCCAGCCGAAAUUUGGCCGGAACAUGUCUCUGACCAACACAAAGACGGGCUUCUCGGUGAAGGACAUUUUGGACCUCCCCGACACCAACGAUGAGGACGGCUCGGCGGAGGGCGGCGAGGAAGAGAGCGAGGCGCCCGAGCCGCCCAGGAAAGCGGGAGUUUUGGGACAAACCCCCUUGGACACUGUUCCGACGCUGCCUUUGAAGAGCCCUUUCUAUGAUAACAGCGAUAAUCCCUACACGCGCUGGCUGGCGAGCGCCGAGGGCAUCCAGUACUCCCUGCACGGGCUGGCGGCCGGCGGCGGCGGCCAGGACCCCUCGGCCAAGUCACCGGAGCCGUCGGCCGACGAGUCGCCCGACAACGAGAAGGAAGCGGCGGGCGGCGGGGACGCGGGGAAGAAGAGGAAGAGGAGGGUGCUCUUCUCCAAGGCGCAGACCUACGAGCUGGAGCGGCGGUUCCGGCAGCAGCGGUACCUGUCGGCGCCCGAGCGGGAGCACCUGGCCAGCCUGAUCCGCCUCACCCCCACCCAGGUGAAGAUCUGGUUCCAGAACCAUCGCUACAAGAUGAAGCGGGCCCGGGCCGAGAAAGGUAUGGAAGUGACUCCUCUUCCCUCCCCGCGGCGGGUGGCCGUGCCGGUCUUAGUCAGGGACGGCAAGCCCUGCCACACGCUCAAAGCUCAGGACUUGGCAGCCGCGACUUUCCAGACGGGAAUCCCCUUCUCCGCCUAUAGCGCCCAGUCUCUACAGCAUAUGCAAUACAACGCCCAGUACAGCGCGACCAGCAACCCCCAGUACCCCACAGCACACCAUUUGGUACAGGCUCAGCAAUGGACUUGGUGAAGGCUGCCGGGGAGCGCGCACACCCGCACACGCUUCCCCCACACGCGCACACACCCAAAAAAAAAAAAAAAAAAGGAGGAGAAAACAAAAAUAAUAAAGAGAGAGAGAGAGAGGAGGAGACAGACUGAUGCUCCAAAAAUAAAAUCGAAACUGCGGGGGAAGGAAUG